CCCUGCUGAUAAUUUGCAGUUUACAUGUCGCAAUCUAUUUGAAGUGUGAUUCAGCAUCAUCUGUUCGAGAUGGCGGGGCUUAUUUCGGUAAAGAGCGUUGAGGAUUUCGGAAAAGAGGUAGACCAAACUGUUAGCGGUCUGCUCGUGGUUCACUUCAGAGCACAAUGGGCUCCACAGUGUGAGCAGAUGGAUGGAGUCAUGGUAGAACUGGCCAAGGAACAUACGCAAGUCCGCUUCUCAACGGUUGAGGCUGAAGAACUUCCUGAAAUUUCCAAGCAGUACAGCAUUGCAGCAGUUCCCACAUUCAUUUUAAUCAAGGGCAAGAAUGAAGUAGACAGACUGGACGGAGCUAACGUACCAGAACUCACCAAGAAGGUCAAACACCAUGCUGACCCCAACGCCAGCCCUGUAAUGCUACCUGCAUCAUCACAACCACCUAAAGAGGACCUGAACACAAAGUUAAAGGGACUGAUCAACGCUGCCCCAUGUGUUCUGUUUGUGAAAGGAUCAAGACAGGAACCAAGAUGUGGGUUCAGUCGGACACUGAUGGGGCUGUUAGACGAGCGCAAGAUAGACUACAGCACUUUUGAUAUCCUAGGGGACGAGGAAGUGAGGCAGGGAUUGAAGAAGUAUUCUGAUUGGCCUACAUACCCGCAGGUGUAUGUAAACGGCGAGCUGAUUGGAGGACUAGAUAUCAUCAAGGAGCUAGAUGCUAGCGGUGAACUUGACCAAUCUCUUCCCAAGAAACAGGAUUUGGAUGACAGAUUAAAGGCACUGAUCACUCGAUCACCAGUGAUGCUCUUCAUGAAAGGUUCACCAGGAGAACCUAAAUGUGGAUUCAGUAGAACCAUCACCUCAAUCCUCACAGGCACAGGGCUUAAAUACGACACAUUUGACAUCCUUCAAGACCAGGAAGUAAGGCAGGGAUUAAAGACCUAUUCUAAUUGGCCGACGUUUCCUCAGCUUUAUGUAAGCGGAGAGCUGGUUGGAGGCUUGGAUAUCGUUAAGGAACUGCAAGAGUCUGGAGAAUUGGCAAGUAUGUUAGAAUGAUGACUCAUGUACCAUCAACUCUUCCUGGUUUUGUGAUUAAAGCCAUACCGGUAUGUGAAGACUCAGCAGUGGUUUCCAGCAUUUCUACCCUUGUCUGUCUCCUCUCAGACACCAU